GAAAGAACCCAGAAGAACAAUGAGCUAUCAUUAUUUUGUUGUUGUUUGCAAAGUGCAGGGUGUUGAGGACUUUGUGGAAAAGUGCGGAAUAAAUGCAAAGUAACUCCCAAGAAUUGGUGGUGGUUGGACAAAAGGACGAUGGUGACGCCGAUGGCUAAGGUCUCCUCCUGCAAUGGCGAGAUGUUAACUCCCUCGCAUGGUAUACAGGAGGUCGUGGGUUUGAUCCCUAUCCCGACCUUAACGCCUGUUAUGUAUUUGGAGUCCACGUGUUCUCUCUAUCUUCCCUCCACAUUUAAUCUGGCUGCUGAUAUACAUUACCACGUGAUGAGCCACUUCGUUGAUCUAUCAUUUGUGGCCAGGUGGCUUCUGAAAAGAGCUUUAUACCUGGUAUUUUUUUUAAGGUGGCCAUGGUGCUCACCGUGAUCUACAUGUUCCUCAUGACGGGCACGCUGCUCGCUAUGGUCGGCGACAUUGUCAAGAACGGUAUCCUCACAAUCAGCGGCAUCUUCUUCAUCACUCUCGCGGGCAUCCAUCUCAUCGAGCGAGUUCUUCUGCAUCGUGCACGGAUUCUUGUACCUCAUCUGCAUUCCCACGGGAUACCUGCUGCUGCUCAUCUACUCAUUGGUCAACAUGUACAACGUAUCAUGGGGCACACGUGAGACCAAGGCGCCUUCUGAGCCCUCCCCCAAGGAGGUGAGUUACUUUGUGUGUUAUCGUUAUUGUCGUUGUUGUUUUUGUGUCGAACGUUAUUUGGAGUGUCGCUCCAUUCUCCUCUGUUGCUCCGUCCCACACCUCCGAUUAGCAUGAUUGGCUACGUACAUUGCAAAAAAAGUGUAACAUAUGCCCCCAACCCCCGCCAAGACGAAGGCAGCGAUCCCCCAUGUAGCUUUUAACCGACCGUUGGGGCAAGUGCUGUUAGCGAGUAGCACCUGUGAAGUCCGGAAUGGCACAUAAGGGGGUAGGUGACCAGCACCAUGCCCGGCCGCCUUUGUCUCCAUUGUUGUCAUGUUUACUACAUCACAUUUGGCUAUUUUUGAGGCUUUUUGAGGGAAGGCCAAGGACUGGUCCAGAUGUAUGUAUGUUGAACUUCUUUCACACCAUGUGUAGCCAACUGUGCUAAUUGGAGGUGCGAAGGAAGGAACGUUUCUAAACACAAAGAGCAGUUUUUAAGAAAUUAGUUUUCAAUGUAAUGAUUUAAAAGUGCAUAGCUCCAAUUGCUUUCUCAUAUUGGAAGGAAGAGGGUUCCAGAUGGACGCACAAGCGCACCCAAAAGCACGCGAUGUGGUCACUGUCUUUGUUCAAUGGUUAGCCAAAAUCCACUGAUGAGGAUGACCGGAGUUUGCAAAAUUAUCGUUUAUGUUUCUUGACAAGAACGGUGGUGGUGGCUGUGCCACUCGUGUCCAUUAAUCCAACACGGUGGGUAUCGAGGAGGAGUCGUUCACUGACUUUCCAGGAGAAUGCAGUAUGACAAUUAUGGACUCUAUCUGUUCCAUCUGAAUAGAACGCAAUGUUUCCCCCUCGCAUUUGUGGGUCUAUUCCAUGGUGUUCUGGUUUCCUGUUCGCCAAUAAAAUAUUCAUACAUGGAGGACCGCAGAGCUUGGACAGUUAUUGGCGCCAGUUCACUGAGCAGCUGAAACUGCCUUCCAGCUUGUGUGCGCUUCCCGCUGGUUUGAUAUCAUUGAAGGACCCUGCCUUCAGCACAAUGCCCAUCCUCCUGUCCCAGCAGAAGAAGGAACGCAAGCAUCGUUUGAAUGGAACGAAAUGCUGUAUACUGCCACUCGAGUGGGACUGCUUCCAGUGGAGGAUCAGCGUCCUUCCGAAGAAAUACUCGGCGCUGAGUCAGGAGGAUGACAGUUCAAGCCGAGUGGAGUCGUGCGCGGUGGAACUCGACAGAGAGAUGAAGCUGCGUCCAAUUGAGGCCAGACAACAGGACACUACGAGCACUCAGAUGGAGCAUCCUGAAGGAGCAGAGAUCGAGGUGAGAGGAGAGGACAUCGCGAACACUCAUAUGGAGCAUCCAGAAGGAGCAGAGACGAGACCAGAGGACAUCGUGAUCACUCAGACAGAUCAUCCAGAAGGAGUAGAGAGUGAGGCGAGACGACAGGGCAUCGCGAGCACUCCGACGGAGCAUCCUGAAGGAGCAGAGAUCGAGUCGAGAGGAGAGAACAUCGCAAACACUCAGAUGGAGCAUCCAGAAGGAGCAGAGACGAGACCAGAGGACAUCGCGAGCACUCAGACAGAUCAUCCAGUAGGAGUAGAGAGCGAGGAGAAACGACAGGGCAUCGCGAGCACUGGGACAGAGCAUCCUGAAGGAGCAGAGAUCGAGUUGAGAGAAGAGGACAUCGCAAACACUCAGAUGGAGCAUUCAGAAGGAGCAGAGACGAGACUAGAAGACAUCGCGAGCACUCAGACAGAGCAUCCAGAAGAAGUAGAGAGCAAAAGUCGACCUCCAGAGCAAUCAGACACAGACCUCGCCCUCCAUACCAAAGGGCGCCAUGACCUCGUGUGGCAGCGCCACCAGAAGAUGCAGGUCAUGUUUGAGAACGUCCUGCCUCAGGGUUACGCCAUCACGCAGAGGUGCAGCCUCGAUCAGGAGGAAGACGAGUUUUGGAAGAGCAUGAUCAGUGACUACCUCAAGCCUCUGGAGGAAGAUGACGAUCACAGGAAACGCGUGAAGCAGGAACUCUUCGAGAUAAGAAACAAGGGCACUUUCGUCUACUUCAUGAUCAAUGCACUGUGGCUGGUGGCGACCCUGGCACUGCAGUUCGUGGGAGCCGACCUCUACAUCCAGAUCCCGAGCACGAAGAACGAGGGGACGGUCAUCGACGUGCUGCCCCUCGCCUUCAUGUUCCUCAUCACCUUCUCCAGCAUGCUCAUUGUCCAGUUCCUGGCCAUGCUGUACCACAGGUUGUUCACGCUGCUGCACGUGCUCUCCUACGUGGAGUCGUCGUCGUCGGGCCAGCAGUCAAAGAGGGGUGCUGUUGGUCGAGACAACAAAGCAUUCGUCAACGAUGGAGACGACGAUGACGCUCAGCAGCGCCGUCUCAGAGAGAUUGUCUAACAGAUCCCUGGACCCCCUCCUCACACGCCGCACGCGGGUCCCCUCCCCGCACACAGCACAUGGACCCCUUCCACUCACGGCGCACCUGGACCCCCUCCUCACAAGCCGCAAGUGGCCCCCCUCCAUGCACGCUGCUCGUGGACCCCCUCCUCGCACGCUGCUCGUGGACCCCCUCCUCGCACGCUGCUCGUGGACCCCCUACUCGCACGCUGCACGUGAAUCCCUUCCUCGCAUCCUCGCACGCUGCACGUGGACCCCCUACUCGCAUGUCAUACGUGGACCCAUGCACGUCGUGGUUUAUCAAUGACGGUGCGGUCAGUAAAGGUGCAGCCCUGCAAGAUGCUUCCCUUGUUGGAAGAGGUGGGAGUUACCCACGCUUUACCCCACCACCGCAUGCGACCUGCCGAUCGACCAACUGUGCUGUAUCCAUUUACGCAGCUGGGUGGACAGAGGCAGCGAGAUUUAAGAAGCUUGCAGCGUCGCUCCAAAUGCCAGGCCUAAGGAUCGACCUCUAGAUCGCAAGUGUGGUGACGUGUUAAUUGCAGCAGGGCAGCCUCUCAUUACAAUGGAAUGCAGUCAAAAGGGCUGCUGAACAACAACGGUGGACAUCACUUGUGAUAUCAUCGGCUAAAGUAAAUGUAGGGGCUUUGAAGCUGCUCCUGGCCACGGACAGAGAAGUCGCUUCUAUGUAGCAGUGGUCAGAUGAAGGAAACGUCCUGUUGUUGUUUGUAUGUUCAAUUUAUUUUGCACUGCACUUAGCCAACCAUGCUAUCGUGGAUGUAAACAUCACCCACACAUAGACUGUCCCGUUAACCAUAGAAGUUGAUCAAAUCACAUUUUUACGCCUGAUUAAUUUAGAGGUCGAGCGACCCACAUGGGAAAUCUUGUUUUUAGAAAGGUUUCUCUACCAAACACAGAAAACGAUUCCCCAUAUCGCUUUAAUAGACUUAUGGAGCUGUUAGUGAGCACCUAAUAACGGCAGGCACAGCACACAAGGUGGGUGGCCAGCACCAAGUCAAACUGCAUUACCGCACCAUUUUAUCAUUUGAGGCUGAGUCGACCUAGGGGAGGCCCAGAACCGGUUUAGAUAAUCACCACUAUUGUUGGUGGCCAUGAGUGGGAGUCGAACUAGCGUCCUAAGGCUCAGAUACUUGUGCAGGGCUAUGAACACGAGUUUUAUUUCAUGUUCACUGAUGGUCAGAUAUAUAUGCCAACAUAUAUUUAUAGAUAUUUAUAAUACUCUUUGGUUCUUUCGGUAAAGUCACGUAGGUAUAAAAUAAAAUAAAUCACGACGUUUCUAUUGCAACACAAGCAAUCAUCAUCAGGUGGGAAACCCAACAGCAAGAAGUUUUUUCUACUGAAGUGGGAGAGAGAUGCCAUGGUAAGAGGUUUCUAGGUAAG